UUGGUUUUAGCUCCGGCGCAGCCCCCGAUGCUAACAGCACAAAGUUUAGUUCACACUUCACAAAUGUAUUUUUCACACUCUGAGACGUGUCACACGCGACGCCUGCAGUUCACACAAACUGAAUACGUCUCUUAUUACACAUUAGCUGUCAUCUUGAUCAGUUUCUGCAAAGUUUUUUCAGAUUUUUCGCUCCAAACUUGCGCGCUCCGGGGUUAGCUGUGAUGCUAGCGCCGCGGACUGACGCCUGGUGUUACUCAUUAGCCUGAAGUGGGACGAACGGAUCCGGUGUGGACAAAUAAACCAGCUGCUUGUCACCGGACUUAGACCCGGGGAGAUGUCAAUGGAAGCAUUCAGAGCCCAAGCCAAGACAGACAGCGGCAGUGCGUGCGUAAAAACCUCCAAGAACGUCUCCAAAACGCGCCGUUCCUCCGCGCGUCUCGCCUCUCCAAACUUCUCCGGUCCAUGGAUUUUCAACAACUUUGCACUUUCGACUUUUUUACUCAAGUCUCGGAUCAGUAUGGAUACGGGGGAGACUUCCAGGAGGUCGUGGAGAAGGAGUUCAAGCGGAGUAAAGGAAUCACGUAUCUGGAUCACGCCGGCACCACGCUGUACCCGGAGUCUGCGGUCCAGAGCUUCUGCCAGGACAUCAGCACCAGUCUGUACGGAAACCCGCACAGCCACAGCCCGAGCAGCAGACUGACACAUGACACCGUGGAGAGGGUCAGAUACAGGAUCCUGCAGCAUUUCAACGCCGACCCCGAGGAAUACUCCGUCAUCUUCACCUCCGGAAGCACGGCCGCCCUCCGCCUGGCCGCCGAGAGUUUCCCGUGGAGCCCCGGGAGCAUCUUCAGCUACCUGACCGACAACCACACCUCCGUCGUGGGCAUGAGAGGCCUCACUUCUGACCUGGGGGUUACCACUUUACCCGUACGGCCCGAAGCCCUCGAAAACACCGCUAAAAAUACAGCUCGGGAAGGAGAUAUUUCACGCCAAACUCCGCAUCUGUUCUGCUUUCCUGCCCAGAGCAACUUUUCCGGGAAGAAAUACGCCCUUAGCUACGUGAGGGGCAUCCAAGCACGACGUCUGUACCCAGCGAGCGGCUACGACGGAAAGUGGUUUGUCCUCCUAGACGCCGCCUCCUAUGUCAGCUCCUCUCCACUAAAUUUAAAGCAGUACAAGGCCGAUCUCAUCCCCGUCUCCUUCUACAAGCUCCUCGGAUUCCCCUCGGGGCUCGGGGCGCUGCUCGUGCACAGGGACGCCGCGGCCGUGUUGAGAAAGAGGUAUUUCGGGGGAGGCACGGCGAUGGCGUACCUCUCCGGAGAAGAUUAUUACGUCCCGGCGAAGAGCCCGUCUGACAGGAACAUGACACGAGCUCCUCCUCUGUGUGCGCAGGUCGACCGGAUGGCCAGUCUCUACAACAUCCACGUGCGAACCGGCUGCUUCUGCAACACGGGGGCGUGCCAGGACUUUCUGGGCAUCAGCGACGAGCAAAUGAAGAGAAACCUGGAGGCAGGUCACGUUUGCGGAGACAACGUGGACCUGGUUUCGGGGCGGCCGACCGGAUCCGUGCGCGUGUCCUUCGGAUACAUGUCCACUUUCCCGGACUGUCAAAACUUCCUGAGGUUUGUGGCGGAGUGUUUCGUGGAGGGGCCGGCGACGGUGGACCGGGAGAGGGUGGAGCGGCUCGCCAACGCCACGUCGCCGCGGGACCCGGGCCGGCGGUCGAUCGCGCGGCCGAACGGGGAGAUACGGGAAGAGGAGGAGGGGAAAAGAGAAGAGGAGAGGGGAUUUGGAAAGACGGAGCGAAACGGCCAGAGGGAGGAGGGCUGCACGCUCACCAAUAUCUACAUUUACCCCGUCAAGUCCUGCGGGGCGUUCGAGGUGCAGCAGUGGCCUCUGGGAGAUCGGGGUUUGCUGUUCGACCGCGGCUGGAUGGUGGUGAACGUGAACGGAGUGUGUCUGAGCCAGAAGAGAGAACCUCGACUCUGCCUCAUCAAACCAGAGAUCCAACUGUCCAGAAACCAGCUGCAGCUCAACGCCACAGGGAUGGAGAGUAUUUCUGUUCCACUGGAAACUGAAGUUCAGAGUGAAGUGUGUCAGAGCAAAGUGUGUGGAGACAGAGUGGAGACGCUGGACUGUGGGGAGGCCGUGGCACAGUGGCUCUCAGAUUUCCUCCAGCAGAAGUGCCGUUUGAUAAGGCUCAGUCCUGAUUUCACACGAGACGCCAAGAGAAAGAAGCAACAGGAGCCCGGCCAAGGAGAAGUUUAUAUUCAGGUGCGCUCAAUAGUCCGGAACGUUAAAGGCGAUCGAUGUGUCUGUGGAAGAAGGAAACAGCUGCUGCACGUGAACUCGGUGUCAGUGAGUCGAGGAGCCGCGUUUGUCUUUUCGCGCAUCAUCGUGAUCACAUGA